GCCGCAAACGCUCGGACGACGGGCGCCCUUCACUCGCGGGGAGGCCGAGCUCCGCAGCGGCUGGGUCGUGAGGCGUGAAACCGCGCGCUCGCCCUUCUCCGGCCGCCGAGCCGAGAGCAAAAGCCGAGCCGGCGCCCAACGGAGCGUUUCUCUCUCUCUCUCUCUUCAUCUCUUUUCGCCUUCCAAGAUGCCGCCGCCGCCGCUGCUGUUCCUGUUGCUGCCGCUCUUGCACCUUUGCGGCUGGCCGGUGCGGGACGCGGCGGGGUCGUGGCCAACGGAGCCGGCCCGAAGGGAAGACGACGGGACGGCAGCAGCGCUGAGCUUCCAGCUGAGCCACCAGCCGGCGCGGAAAGUCAGCCCGUUUUUCCUCUCCGUCACCCUCGACUCCAACCUCAUCACCGACCCCAAGUACAUCACUUUCCUCGGCUCUACAAAACUCCGUACAUUAGCAAGAGGUUUGUCUCCUGCCUUCCUGAGGUUCGGUGGGACCAAAGGAGACUUCCUGAUCUUCGAUCCUCAACAGGAGCCAACACCUGAGGAGAAGAUUUUUCAGGAUUUCCUUAGAAAACAAGCAACGGUGGACAUCUGUGCGUUCAAAACUGCCCCUUUGGACUUCAUAGCGCAACUUCAAUCUCAAUGGCUUUUCGAGCAGAAACUCAUCUUCCGGGAACAAGUAAAGAACAGGUAUAAAAACAUCACAUUUACAGGAAGUACACUGGAUAUUCUGUACAACUUUGCAAAUUGCAGUAAUUUGCACCUGAUCUUUGGCCUCAAUGCCUUACUGAGGAAAGACAGUACCCAGUGGGACAGUUCAAACGCUCAGCAGAUUUUGAAUUAUACGAAUUCCCAGAAUUACAUCUUGUCUUGGGAACUCGGAAAUGAACCUAACAGCUUUUUGCACAAGUCUGGAAUAGAAGUCAACGGCCACCAACUCGGUCAAGAUUUUAUACAACUCCGUCAGCUUCUGAACAAUUACAUCCACUACAAAAAUGCCAAAAUCUACGGCCCCGACCUAGGAAGGUCAAGUCGGAAGCACAGUAAAAUUUUACUUAAAAGUUUUCUGAAGUCAGGAGGCAAAGUACUUGAUUCUGUCACGUGGCAUCAUUACUAUAUUAAUGGACGAAUUGCCACGAGAGAGGAUUUCCUGAAUCCAGAUAUACUGGAUAGCUUCAAGACUAAUGCAGAGGAAGUGCUUCAGAUUGUGAAUAGCACAGUACCAGAGAAGAGAGUGUGGCUGGGAGAAACAAGUUCAGCUUUUGGAGGUGGAACUCCUAAUUUGUCUAAUGCGUAUAUUGCUGGUUUUAUGUGGCUGGACAAGCUUGGACUGUCAGCCCAACUGGGCAUUGAUUUAGUGAUGAGACAGGUUUUGUAUGGAGCAGGAAACUACCAACUGGUGGAUGCCAACUUUGAACCUUUGCCAGACUAUUGGCUGUCCCUGUUGUACAAGAAACUGGUAGGCUCCACAGUUCUGCGUGUUGCCAUAACUGGCUUAGAUCCAAAGAAGCUUCGCGUGUAUCUUCACUGUACAAAUACGCACCACCCAAAGUACAGAGAAGGUGACAUCACUUUAUUUGCCUUAAAUCUCUACAACAGCACCAAGCGCCUCUACAUACCGACUUACUUUUCCAAGAAGCAAAUAGAUGAGUAUCUUUUGCUACCUUAUGGAGAAGAUAAUUUACUUUCCCGGUCUGUGCAGCUGAAUGGCUGCCUCCUAAAAAUGCCCAACGAUGAGACGCUACCAGUUUUGCAGGAAAAUCCACUUAUUCCUGGACACAGCCUUGAUCUCCCAGGUUUCUCAUAUGGAUUUUAUGUAAUAAGAAAUGCCAAAGUGUUGGCUUGCAUUUAAUAAGUUAAUACUCAUUUUCCAAACCCAGAAGACAAAAGAUUUUAUUUGAGAUUGACUGCUUCAGCCCCAGAGAAAGACAAAACCUUUUAAUAACAUUUGUAUUUUUCUCCAAACAUAUAUUCAAUUGUUCCCUUUUUUACAGGUUAGUAAAGCUUUUUAAUUUAAGAAAAAUCCAUACAAAAAAAUUCAUAAGCAUUUUGUAAAAAUGAAAAGACUAUAUUUUCUUAUGGGCAAUUUCCCCUCCUUUCUUUUUUUAAAGUCAAGGAACCGCAUGACAACAUUUGGGAAACUCCUGCAAGUCUUCUAAUUUGCAAAUUAUAAAUUAAGUUGGUUUGUGUUUGCCUCAUCUUUAUUCCAGGUAAAAUAAAACUUGUCACAGACUCUCUUCAAAUAUUUUAGGGGCCGAAAACAAGAAGAAAUAAAAGGUGAAUCAUUUACUUCAUGCUCUACUGCCAUUCAAGCUUAUCUUUGAAUUCUAAAAAAAAGGGUACAAAGCACUUUUAUUUCCUCAGAUGCUAUGUGAGGAAAGACUCUGGUAUCAAACAAGGAAAUGAAUGACAAAGGUGUAGAUUGUAGAACUGCUGUGAAGGAAUAAUAGAACAGGUCAGUCAAUGUUUAGGAAAAUCAACUGAAGACUAUCAGAAAGCAUGAGCAAUCAUGUUUCAGACAGAAUCAAAGUUAAUUACUAUAUUAUAAAUAUCUGUGAUCGAUCAAGCUCUGUUUUUUGAGUUGAUUGGCAAUCAGAUUCUAAUCUCAGGUCCUCCGAUUUAAAGGCAAAGAAACCAAGAAGAGUUAAUGGAUUCUUUCAGCCACAGGUGCUUUUCAUUUAUUGGAAAGGCCUUCCAGGAAUGGCACAAGAUGGACUAAAACAGGAGUCUCCGACCUUGGUCACUUAAGACUUGUGGACGUCAACUCCCAGCCAACAAAGCUGGCUGAGUAAUUCUGGGAGUUGAAGUCCACAAGUCUUAAAGUGACCAAGGUUGGAGACCCCUGGACUAAAGGGCUGAUCUGGCCCUCUCAAACGUCGUUUCUAGACGUUUGUAUAAAAAUAUAUUUAUUUUCAUUUGAUGUGUGCCUCUUAUUGUUUUGGAUUAUUUGUACAUUUUGAAAUAAAAGUUUUUAUAUUGAUACCAUACAUGUGCGUUUCUUAGUUAUUUACUCUGCUGUGCA